GUGUCGGUUAACCUCCUAAUCGUCGAUUAAAGGUCCGUUAAGUUAACCAGCCAUUCGACCGCGAUUAAACAUUGAUUAGUUAAUUUUCGAUGAGAGGGGGAAUAUUAUUCGUUAUCAUUUAUCAUAGUUAUCACUUAUCAGCUAAAACAAAAUGUUCCGAUUCUGAUCGUAUUUGGAUUUCAUUAUUUCAAGUUUCAAGUGUUUCAACCGUUUUACGUUUGUCAAAUAGCGUUUGAUUUCGAUUUAAAUGCGCAUUGUGUUAAACUGAAUACUACUUUUAUGAUGAUGUAUAACAACAGUUCUUCUGAAGAUGCUUCAGAUUUUGAAGAUGAAGAUUUUGAUCAAUUGAUUGUAAUGAUUGCAUUUCCUAGAAAACCGAGAAUCUUCAGACCUCGAAAAGAUCAUUUUACCUAUUGAAGAGAUGAUGAAUUCUUCAACAGAUUUCGACUAUCCAAAAAUACAGUUCGCUUUAUUGUCGAUUUAAUAGAUGAUCGCAUAUGUUCACGUACCGAUUGGAAUAAUGCUGUGAGUCCAGAGGAUAAAGUGCUCCUAACACUUAGGUAUUAUGCAACAGGAUCAAUGUUAAUUGUAUGUGGAGAUUUCAUUGGCAUUCAUAAAUCGACUGCAAGUCGUAUUGUGAAACUUGUUUCACAUAACAUUGCUAUAUUACAUCCUCAGUUUGUCAAUUUUCCCAACAAUGAAAAUGAUUUUAAAAAAAUAAAACAAGAUUUUUACAACAUAGCUAAAUUUCCAAUGGUUAUUGGCGCAUUAGACUGUACCCACGUCAAAAUUAAAUCACCUGGAGGAGAUAAUGCAGAGGUAUUUAGAAAUAGAAAGAAUUUUUUCUCAAUCAAUGUUCAGACAAUUUGUGAUGCAAACUUAAAAAUUCAAGACAUAGUAGCUCGAUGGCCUGGUUCAUCACAUGAUUCUACUAUUUUCAAUAAUUCAGAAAUACGAAGAAAAUUAGAAAUUGGCAAAAUGAGGGACUGCGUUUUAGUAGCUGAAAGUGGCUAUGCGCAACGUAACUAUGUUAUGACUUUGGUUGGAAGCCCUAACACAGUUAUUGAUUCAGCCUCUGGUAUUUAUGAAGAAUCUGUAGCUAAAUAUAACGAGUCACUAAUUAGGACUAGAAAUACUGUUGAAAGAAGUUACGGUGUUUGGAAACGUCGGUUUCCAAUAUUAGCUACAGGAAUAAAUGUAAAAAUUACUUCAUCACAAAGUAUUAUUGUUGCUACAGCAGUAUUACAUAAUAUAGCCUGCAAUUUUGGAGAAAGCAUGCUUAGAAUUACAACCGAAAUAGAAUCGUUAAUUUCAAUAACAGAAUUUAAUAACCCAGGCCAAAAUAUAGACAGGAAUGCAGCCAACAUUACAAGAAAUAAGUUCCUUCGCUAUUUUAACAACUUAAUUUGAGCGGAUGCCAUUACAGCUACAUUUAUUUAUUUUUGAAUUUUUAACUCUAUUCCUUUAACAUAUAUUUGUAUACAUUUGUAAAUAAAAUAACAAUACAAUUUGAGACAAAAUAAAUGUAUUUAUUAAAAA